CUCUGAACCUGGCUUCCCGGGCCUAAGCAAGCAAGUGCACCGCAAGCAGACUCUUAAUUAUUGUUUAAAAUUCUACUUAAAAGCUUAAAGUUCAAUCUUGAAAUAAUUAGAUAAUCUUUAAUUUGAAAUUAACUAUGGCUUGCCUUCUCCGCCAACCAGCUUUGAGCGGCUGCAGACGAUUUUUUACUCAAAAUAGAUUUUCUACCAGAAACAGCCAACUAAGUGCCAGAUUAUAUUCGAGUGACAAAAAAGAGAAUUUGAUGCCACGAAACAUUUUGAGGGAAAAGGACAUUGCCACAGACCAGGAGGAAAAAGGCAAAGUUUACGAUAAGCGCCCUUUCAAAUUUCCUCUAGAAGCAAACAAAAAAUACCUUUGGUGCUCGUGUGGUAGAAGCAAGACACAGCCUUUUUGUGAUGGGUCUCACAAGGUAGACGGUUUUAAGGUUAAACUGAAGCCUGUGGUGUUCGCAGUCGCCGAGUCCGGGGAGUACUACCUCUGCAAUUGCAAACAGACAGAAAAUAGGCCUUUCUGCGACGGAACCCACAAAAGGCAGGACAUUCAGGAUGCCAUUAAAUACUAAAAGGGUUAACAAAUCCACUUCGGUAGCAAAUUCAUUGUUAAAGCUUCAUAAAUAUUCAUAAUUUUCUGUCUUACGUUCAUUAAAAGAAAAAGUUUGUUUCAAUAAAAUAAAAUUUUAUUCCUUUCUAGAAAAUUGCAGCUU